CAUAAUGAUAUUUAUGAUAACGACUCCAAGUCAAGACAAAACAACAAUCUUUCAUUGUUGUAAACGUCUUGUUGAAGAUUUUGAAAAUUUCAGAUAUCAUGGGAUACACCAAAGCAGUUGCUGUAUACGUCGUCCUUUCGGCGAUUAUCUCGUCUACGGCAGCCUUGCCAGAGUAUCAUAAGGUCCGCACAUAUUAUGCAAGCGGCGUGUAUGCUGAUGAAGACAUAAUGUUGGACGAAGGAGAAAAGUACGCUGUUGUCACCGUUUCAAAGAUUAACGGAGAAGGAAUUCCAACUAUCAAUCUUCAUGACUUUGUUUCGGGUUAUUCCGCCAUAAAAGAUGUCGCAAAUAAAACAUGUUAUAUACAGAGAUCAACACAUACAAUGGAAGGAAUGAAAGACGAGAUCUAUCAGGCCGUGAUAAAUAAUGGUGAAUACAAGAUUUCACAGAGAUUUGAUUGCAUCAAACAAGAACCUAUCGUCAAAUCGUGGCUGCCGAUGUAUGGUAGGAGAAUUUCAGCGUUCUGCGAAAACUACGACUCCCGCUUCUUUGAACCGAAAGAUGUAAAACUGACGAAAAGAUCGACGAAAAUUGUUUCACAAAAUGCUCUUUGGUGUGUAUUCUGCCUGUAUGAUGGGUGUUGGCAGUAAACAUCUCCAGGACUACAGACCGCUACCGACUUCAUAUUGAUUUAGACUGAUUAACUUUAUCAUGUGUUUGAAAUGUGUCGAGUGUUGUAUACUUCCAUGGAAUACCUGACAUUGUCUGCGACUAUUUAGAUAAAAUGCAAGUGACAUGAAAAAUAAAGUAUAUUUCUCCAA